UCCAUACAAACGCCUUACCACUUACUCGCUCACUGCCUCAGUGCCUUCGACAACUAAGCCUACCGGUUGCCAACAUGUCGGUCGUGACGCCCCAUUCGGGUCAGGGGGGGCAAUCUGGCAACGCCGUGGACAGGUGGAUGAGCUUGGGCGGGGAGAUUUUGAUCACCGGCACAUGCACCGUGAGCAUUCAACAAUGCCACAUCGACUUUGACGAAUAUGGGAUAGCCAUGGGCUACUUGCAGGAGCAUCUCACUAGCCUGGGGAUAAGCACGCAGUACGACGUCGCUUGCAACAAAGGAAAGCCGUGCCUUCGGGAUGGUGACUGGUGCUCAUGGCGCAGCCACCCACCGCAGAAUGCCGAUUGUCAGACAGAUAAGAAGGAGCUGCUUCUCCAUGUGAUCGAGAAGACCCCCGGCGGCGACGGCACUGUUGUUACCGGGAACGUGCACGGCGUCCCGGUCACCGCGAAGAAGUUAGGUGAGGGGGACUGGGUCUACAACAUUGGAAAGACAGCCUAUCCGGUGGACCUUGACUGCAUUCGCACGCCUUAGGACUCCUACAUGUAUGGUGGCUCCAGUUGCCACCGGGUCCAGAGGCUGUGCUGCGUCCGAUUGCUCACCUAGUCCGCGGGACCUAGUCAAUGCCGCAGCCCUACAGGCAUUUCCCGGUUACCAGGCAGCGGAUUUCUAGAGCCUGGAGAGAAUUGAAGUCUACGGUGCUACGCUUUUACUUAUCGGGCUUGAAACUGUUUGAGUGGGCGAACAUUGGCAAAUACGACAGUCGUUUCUAUGGAACUUCAGAACAGUGAAACAUCGUACCCUGAGAUGAGGUAUCACGGGGCAAAAUACAGAUUAAGAGGGAG